AAUCUCUCAUCGUUAUGUUGCGAAAGCUUGUUUCCACCAAGCCAACUGCAGCAGGUAGAGCAGCUUAUACCCAGCUAGCAGCUGCCCUUCUUCAAUCCUAUCCAGCGACGUGCCCUUCUCUGCUCUUCAUUAACCUCCUACUCAUCGAUCUUCGAUCAUCAUUUCCUUCCUUACUUGCACAGCUCAAUAACGAUCAAUACCCCGCAACUGCUCAAAGGCUAGCCGCAGCUUUCGAUGUCCUCUCAAGCUUUGUAGCCUUUCUCAUUCGAAGCCUCGAUGAAGAGAUCAACACGUCUGGCUUCAGUAUGGCCCCGGAUCUGUUACUCAAGCUCCGCAAAGACAUUGCAGAAACGAUAUCACUCACGAUCGAGUAUCUCCGCGAUCGAUGGGAUGCAUCCAUAGCUGGAGCUGCUGGCCUGCAUCCUGAUGCGAGAAGUGGAACCGCGGCAACUUCUGAAGGAACACGACUGACCUUAACCUGGGAAUCUAUCAAAGACAGUGUCCAUACGGAUCCCCUCGUUCUAGCAGAAAUAAGAGCCAUGGCUAUCUGGAUUCGAGAAGACGAAAACGACAAUCUGCGAAACGAGGCUGCAGGCAUGAUGGACAUGCUGGUAGAACUUUACAAGUCAGAAUCUCAAGGAGCAUUGGAUUUUCGCUAUCCCAUCUUACUUGCUCUGGAAGGAAUCAUGCUUACGGACGAUGGUACGCAGGCCUUCUUGAGCCAUGACGGAUGGCAGGUUGUAUCCGAGGAUCUGCAAUCUAUUAUUCGAAGCAUAGCUCAACCGGAGGGGGUCGAAGAAACAUUUUCGCUGGGAGAGGCCAAUCGUGGGCUCCAAAUCGUCCGAGUCCUCUUAGCUGUUAUUGAUCACCAGUCAACCUCAUUUCCAGAGGAGGCAUGGAUGAAGAUGGUAACAAUUACGGCAUCGAUGAACGUUCCAAGUACCACACCUUCGCCUAUAAUUCUUGAAUUUCAGAUCGCGAUGCUACAAUUGUCGACAGCACUAUUGUCGAAAGCAGCAGGUGGUAUGAUGAAGAGAUAUAUCACGAGCUACUCCGCUCUCUCAGGAAUUACAAACCAGCUCAGCCGCUUGGUCCAGAACUUACCGGACGAAGUGGAGGGUGCGGACCUCAUGAGCUUGCUGGAGGACGUGUCCCUCGACCUGGGAAACCUUCGGCAGACUUGAUGAGCGACAAAGUGAUACAAUGUCUCUCAAUAGAAACAGUACCAGAAAUCAUCAUCGAAUGUAGCGAGG